AACCAUAAAAGUGUGAGCAAAAUGAAAACCUAUCUUUUUCCCUUCCUCAUCUUCUCACUUCUCUUAUCAUUUUCCUCGGCCGAGCAAUGUGGUAGUCAAGCCGAAGGAGCACUCUGCCCCAACGGUCUAUGCUGCAGCAAGUACGGAUAUUGCGGUAACAACGAACUUUAUUGUAAGCUGCCUGAGUGCCAAAGCAAUUGCUGGUUCGAUGGUCCUGGAUCCAGCGAUCUUUCGGACAUCAUUACAAGAGCUCAGUUCGAAGGUAUGCUUCUGAAUAAGGACAAUUAUCUAUGUCCUGCUAAAGGUUUCUACACUUACGACGCCUUUAUCACCGCUGCAAAGUCCUUCCCUAGCUUUGGCACCACUGGAAACACCGCCGCAAGAAAGAAGGAGAUCGCCGCUUUCUUUGGCCAAACUUCCCAAGAAACCACCGGUAGAGCACCGGACGGACCAUAUUCAUGGGGCUACUGUUACAAGGAACAAUUGAAUCCUAGUUCAACCUACUGUGAACAGAAUACCCCGUGGCCAUGCGCACCUAGUGAAAGCUACUAUGGAAGAGGACCCAUGCAGCUGUUAUGGAACUACAAUUACGGUCCAUGCGGGAGAGACAUAGGAGUUGACUUACUCAACAACCCUAACUUAGUGGCCAACGACACCGUGAUCGCUUUCAAAGCCGCGAUUUGGUUCUGGAUGACUGCUCAGCCUCCCAAACCGUCGUGCCACGCCGUGAUCACCGGCCAGUGGCAGCCUUCUGACGCCGACCUUGCCGCAGGGAGAUUUCCGGGUUACGGAGUGAUUACUAAUAUUAUUAACGGUGGAUAUGAGUGUGGAAUUGACCAAAACCAGAGCGUCAAGGAUCGUAUAAAUUAUUAUGAGAAGUACUGUGACAUGUUGGAGGUUUCCCCUGGAGAAAAUCUCGAUUGUUACAAGCAAAAGCCCUUUAAUAACGCCUUCCUCGAUGCUGCUUUUAAGGAGGAGAAUCAUUAUGCAGCUUUGUAUCCAAACAGUAAGGGAAUAUUCAACUAACUUAUUUCUAUUUAUAUUCUUCCUCCUAGAUCUUCGAAUAUGUUUUCCUUCCAUAUUCUCGGAUCCAAGAUCUUCCUUUCUUUUCUCUUUCUCAAGAUUGUAUAGUAUUGAACGUAUAUUCGAGUCAAUUUUUCUAUUUUUCGUUCGAUUUCUUUGUCCUCAUGUAAUGUGGACUCAUUCUAAGUUAAAAGGACUUCUGUUGUUGGUUUCUGUUUGGUUUGAAUCGAGUUAACCGGGUGAUGCUAAAUCACUCACCAACAGUUAGCAGCUCAAUUAAUGUAUUUCGAGUUG